ACGGAUAUUAAAACGCGUAGUGCCCGAGAAACGGAUUGUUUCGCCAAUACCAAUUUUUUACGCGCAUUGCACAUUGCAGCACAUAUACUAUAUGAUCGUCCACAUCGCGAUCGUGUUUUCCGCAUAUACAGCCUCGUUCGUUCAUCGAUUAUGUUUAUCCAUAUAAAAGUAACAAGUUUAAGGUCAGAAUAAAUCUGCCUAUCGGAAUGACCAAGCUUGUAGGCAGAAAGUCCGAGAAAUAGAUGUGUCAAGGGCUAUUCAAAACUAAAUGCAAGUUUAAUUUAAAGAAAGAUAAACGCAAGCCUAAAUUACUUGACAAUGGAAGAUAAGGGUCUAUAAUUCGUGACAGAGCAUAUGUGCUUAAUUGUACGGCGAACUCUGGGAUCUAGAGACAUGGCUCGUCUAAGUGUAGAAGAUAUGUUAUCCUCGUUCCAAACGGGACGGUUUUUUAUCACGGUGUUAUGGUACCUCAUCGUCCACCUACGCCCGGACAUCGUCGACGAGCAGAAUCGCGUACAAUCUGUGCCGGCGCAGGACUUGCUGUACGAAUACGAUUACGUGAUAAUCGGCGGAGGAUCGGCCGGAUCUGUGUUGGCUAAUCGGCUGUCGGAGAACAAGAGUCGUACCGUGCUCCUACUGGAAGCCGGCCCUGACGAAGUGGUUAUAUCCGACGUGCCCUUGACUUAUCCGCUCAUACAGCGUUCAUUCAUGAAUUGGGAGUACAAAACGGAACCGUCGUCCACUCACUGCUUGGCGAUGAAGAAUCACCAGUGUAGGAUACCACAAGGCAAGGUGUUAGGUGGUUCCAGCGUGCUGAACGCGAUGAUGUACGUCCGCGGUAAUAGAAGAGAUUACGAUUCCUGGGCGGCACUUGGUAAUACCGGAUGGGAUUACCAGAGCGUUCUACCGUACUUCAAAGUGUCCGAAGACAUUAGAAGCAAAGACCUCUUCGACUCGCCGUAUCACCAAAAGGGUGGAUACUUGACGGUGGAACAUUUCAAGUAUAUUCCACCGAUUAUCAAUCACCUCGUUAAUUCUAGCGAAGAGCUGGGGUACAAAAUACACGAUUCAAACGGAGAUAACCAGACCGGCUUCACGUAUACUUACGGCACCCUGAGGGACGGUUUGCGAUGCAGCACUGCCAAAGCUUUCCUCCGACCUGUCUCGAAGAGAAAGAAUCUACACGUCAGUUUGGACUCGUUGGUGGAGAAGAUCCUCGUGAAAAAGGACGGCGCAACAAAGGUGGCGCACGGAGUGCAGUUUCAGAGGGACGCUAAACGCUACGUGGUUCACGCGAAACGCGAAGUCAUCCUCUCCGCGGGUGCGAUACAAUCGCCGAAAUUAUUGAUGCUGUCGGGCAUUGGGCCGAGAGAUUAUCUCGAGGAAAUGAAGAUACCUGUCGUACAUCACGCACCCGGCGUGGGACAGAAUCUUCAAGAUCACGUGGGGACCGGAAUAACCUACACGAUCGAUCCUCCGCCUGACACACCGGAACCCAGCGAAUUCACCGUGCGACUAUUCGAAUCUGUCACGUUGGGCGCUCUUCAGGAAAUGAUAGUUAACAAUUCCGGUCUGCUCUAUACGACGAGCAUAAGCUCGGCGCAUGCGUUUAUUAACACCAAGUACGCGAACAAAACGUCAGACUAUCCGGACAUCCAGUUGGUCUUUUCGGGUUCCUCGCACGCGUACGAGUCUGGUAUCAUCUUGUCACGUUCCGAGGACAUUGAAUUAAACGUCACUACGGAGCUGUAUAAAAAUAUUCUGAAUCAUCACACCUUUGAGAUUUAUCCGAUUCUUCUUCGACCACGUAGCAGAGGCCAUAUCGAGCUCAAGACGACCGAUCCCGCUGAGAAUCCUAAAAUCUUUAUCAAUUACUUCAACGAUCCUUACGAUCUACAAGUUCUGGUGGAGGGUAUGAAAUUCGUGGAGAAGAUGAGUCGUACUCAUGCUUUAAGAAAGUUAAACGCGCAACCUAAUCCAAACCUAAUGCCAGGAUGUUCGCGGUACAACGGCUCAUCAGACGAGUACCGGGCUUGCUUCGCUCGUUACUUAUCAGCGACGUUUUAUCAUCCGACAGGCACUUGCAAAAUGGGCCCUAUUAGCGACAAUCAGGCCGUGGUCGAUGCUAGAUUAAGGGUGCACGGUAUUGCGAGAUUGCGAGUAGUCGACGCGUCGAUAAUGCCGCACAUUGUCUCUGGUAAUACUAACGCGCCGGUGAUUAUGAUCGCAGAGAAGGCUGCUGAUAUGAUAAAGGAAGACUCAGCGGCUUGAUGCCAGCGACAAUAUGAUAGAUAAAUGUACAUCUCAUUAUCUAAUCUUAAUUUACGAGUAGUGAGCGUGCAAACUAUACUUUCAAUUUUAUCAUUGCUAUAUAUUUCAAUUGGCGGGAAAAAAUUCACAGCUCGCUGCAAUAUCUUACGAAACACAGCCACGUGUAGAGUCAUAUAAAGUAAAAGUAUCAAUUCCCGUACCUAAUCAAGGACAUUCUUAUUAUUUUAAUAUUUAAAUACAAAUACUUAAACUUUUAACACAGAAUGUACGUAUAUAUUCAAUAAUUGUAUAUAUAUUUUAUAUGCG